AUGUUCACUCUCUGUUCGUCAUCAUGUGCGGCCCCUCUGGACCUGUUCUUCCUCCUCGAUGGCUCUGGCAGUGUAAACGCCGCUAACUUCGUCAAGGUGAAGCAGUUUGCGGUCAACGUGGUCAACACUUUCGACGUCAGCCUGACUGCCACCAGGGUUGGUGUUGUACAGUAUUCUGACAGGAACACCCUGGUGUUUAACCUGGGUAACAAAGUGAACAAACCGUCUACCGUCAGCGCCAUUAACAACAUCGUGUACCAGUCAGGCGGGACGAAUACCGGGGCUGCUCUACAGUAUGUCCGUCAGUACGCAGCAUGGAGGGGAGGAAAUGUCCCGAAAGUAAUAAUCGUGUUGACGGACGGAAAAUCAAGUGACUCCGUGUCUGGACCCUCUCAGAACCUGGUCGCCGCUGGUGUUGAGGUGUACGCCAUCGGUGUGGGCAGCUUCGAUCAUGGACAACUCCUACAGAUUGCCAACAACAAACAGAACAACGUGAUUGAGCUGAACAAUUUCAACGCCCUCGCCACAAAGAUUGACAUGAUUUCCACAAAUCUUAAUUUACUUAUUUCCCACACAGUUCCAACACCUGCAAAUGAACUGUCAGCUUCUACCACCUGCACCAAUGACUACAUGGAGCUGUCGAUUCCUGAGGAUCAGCUGACUGACAUCAACCUGGGGAACCUUCACUGGGAGCCUGACCAGAACUGUGGUGCUUCAACUAACGGCACCCACUACAUUUUCCGUACAGACCUGUACCGCUGUGGCACUCAGGUGACCUUCGGCCCAAAGUACGUCACAUUCCUGAACACCAUCAACAUCCUGGGUAUCCACUUGAGCGGCGGGGUCAUCACCCGAGAGGGCGACAUCUCCAUCACAUCCAAAUGCAAGUACGAGCGCCAGGAGUGGGUGGACUCCACCUUCCUGCCCAUCCCGGGUGGACUGAACUUUACGGAGGAGGGGUUCGGGCAGCUGGAGGUCCGUCUCUCCAUGUUUCCCACACGGCAGUACCAGAGUCCAUACCGGGCUGGGCAGUACCCCAUCCACCUCAAACUGCGCCAGUACAUCUACAUGCAGCUGGAGGUACAGGGGCACGGACAGAACCUUUCUGUGUUGGCGCUGAACUGUAAGGCUACCAUGUCUCCAAAUCCCAACGACACCCUGCAGUAUCCACUCAUCCAGGACGGUUGUGGCUCUGAUCCCACCCUGCAAACCUACAACAUUAACGACAACAGCAAGGAACGCUUUGGUUUUGAGGCGUUCCGCUUCAUCAGGGAGGUGAAGACGGUGUACGUGCACUGUGAGGUGAUGGUCUGUAACGGAGCUGAUUCUGGGUCCCGCUGUGCACAGGGUUGCGUCAGGAGGGGUAAACGAGCGGCUGAAGAGAUCGUCGACAUGAAGGGACGUCACAUGAUCUACCAGGGACCAAUCAUUCUGGAUGAUGACAAAGAAGAAACUCUGCACCUGAUGAGUGACCAGGAGACUGCCUCUGGCCGCCACAGCGCACCCUGGGCCAUGCUGGCUGCAGGAGGAGGUCUGAUGGCGCUCGCCCUUGUCGUGAUGGGCGCCGCCAUCGUGCUGAAGCGGUCCCGCCGUGAGGAGUGGGCCUACCAGAGUCUGCCAAACAUGGCAGAGGACGGGGAGUAAGGGACGACCACAGGCCAGGCAUUGUGGCGUUAUAUUUAACACCCUGUAA